AUGUCGCUUUGCAAAGCUCUGUCGCACGACACCGGCGCUGACGAUUUGGUGCCACACUCGACUCCCAUCACAGAGGCAACACCAUUGCGGCCACACCACGCACAUCAGACGACUGCCUCGACGCGCCGUAGCCCGGCGGUUGAGCGCCCAGUGCAGAGUCUGGAGUGA